ACUCUUCUAUUUUCAUUCCCCGCACUAUACUAGGGUUUUAUAUUCUCUUUCCCUGGUCAUUACCCGCGACCAUCUCCCGCAAAAAAAAAGGGCUCCGCUUUUUCACUCCUCUGCUUCAUCUGCUUCAUCAUCGGAUUUGUGAGAAAACUUUCCGGUACUUAUUCCUUAUCUUUCCUCCUCUUUUUUUAUUAACCUUUCACUAUUACAUGCUUGUGGAUCACUGUUAUAGCAUAUCCGAUACAUAUACAUGUUAUGGGUUGAAUAAGCAAGGCACUGUGAUUAUUCAGUUGUUCAGUAUUUUUGUUCAAUUUUACAGAGAAUGGCUCGCAUUGGUGCUCCAUUCAGAAAUAGAAGAAAUUGGGACAAUAUUCGUUUUAUAGUUACAAUGAUUAAUUGUUUUGUAAUGUUGCAUCUACUGUGGUACUCGGUUAGGAAUACAUUACAUAAUUCUCAAAGAAUACAACUUGACAAAAGGACCAGAAGAAAAAGGAGAUUGUAUAAUUUGAAUCAAAUGAUACGGGAAAGUGACACUGUGUGUAGGAAUUUCCUUCGUGUAAAUCGAAGAACAUUUUGUGUUCUUCUUGAGAUGGUUAGAGAUGUGGGUGGAUUGAGUGAGACAAAAAAUAUGUGUUUAGAAGAGAUUCUUGCAGGGUUUUUAUACACACUAGCUCAUCAUAAAAAAAAUAGAACUAUCAGUGCUCAUUUUUAUAGAAGUGGUGAAACUGUUAGUAGGCAAUUUCAUGCAUGUUUGCUUGCCAUCCUGAGAUUACAUGUUGUGCUCCUUAAAAAACCAACACCUGUAUCCGAGGACUGCGAUGAUGAGAGAUGGAAUUGCUUUCAGAAUUCUUUAGGUGCACUUGAUGGUACAAUGAUUAGUGUGACUGUACCUUCUGAGGAACGAGCAAAAUAUCGAACAAGAAAAGGUAUCCUUUCCAUGAAUGUUUUAGGAGUAUGCUCGCCUGACAUGGAAUUCAUAUAUGUGUUACCUGGUUGGGAGGGAUCCGCACAUGAUGUUCGGGUUCUUCGAGAUGCAAUUUCUAGGCCUAAUGGUUUAAAAGUUCCAAAAGGUUGUUAUUAUCUAUGUGAUGGAGGAUAUACUAAUGGAGAGGGAUUUUUAGCACCAUAUAGAGGACAUCUUUAUCACCUUAGAGAGUGGGAUAAUGGUGCACGUCAACCACACACAGCUGAAGAGUAUUUCAACUUGAAACAUGCUAGAGCUAGAAAUGUGAUUGAGCGAUGCUUUGGAUUAUUGAAAGGCAGAUGGGGGAUUCUAAGAAGUCCAUCCUGGUUUAGCUUACAAACACAUGGUCGUAUUGUGCUUGCAUGUGCUUUAUUACAUAACCUGGUUAAAAGAUAUAUGUCUCCAAGAUCAUUUAAUGACAAUAAACUUUAUGAGGAGGUUGAUAGUGACGAUGAUGAAGGUGAUGAAGGUGAUCAAGCAGAGUACAUACACACAAUUGUUGUCACCGACCCAUGGACUAAUUUCAGAAAUCAAAUGGCUCAAAACAUGUUCAACGAAUGGAGAGCUACACAUAAUCGUAGAGCAAAUUAGUUAUACACUUAGUUUGUUUGUGAUUGUUUUUAGUUGCAAUUUAUUGGAACUAGCUUGUGGUUGAAUUUGAUUUAUUAGA